CGCGCUGGCCCUAGCGGCGCGGCUGGGCAGGAGGGGCUGAGCCCUCGUUUCUCCUCCCUACGGGUCCUCAGCCUUAAAGUCCGAGUCCACACGCCCCGCCUGUUGGAGAGGGCGCCAGGGAGCGGACGGCGAGCGGCCGCGGCCAGCCAGCGCUGACAGAUUGGCGCCUGAGGCGACAAAGCUGUGGCGACUGGCCUUCGAGUGUUUGCCGGGUACGGGGGGCAGUGAGGCGACGGGUCCCGGGCGCCGUCUGCCCGCCAACGUUGCCCCCCCUAUCCCGGAGGAGCCGCCGCUCGGAGCCGCCUCCAUCACAGGGCGGGAGGCUCCAGAGAAUCGGGUACCUGGACCAUCCGAGGCCGAGACCAUGUUUGACAGGACGCGGCUGCCGUACGUGGCCCUCGAUGUGCUGUGUGUGUUGCUGGCUUCCCUGCCUAUGGCUGUUCUAAAUUUGGGCCAAAUAGAUCCAUUUCAGAGAGGCUUUUUCUGUACUGACAUCAGCAUCAAGUAUCCGUACCAUGACAGUACCAUCACAAGCUUUAUGCUCGCCAUAGUGGGGCUUGGCAUACCCCUUUCUUCUAUAAUUAUUGGAGAAACUCUGUCUGUUUACUUUAACCUUUUGCACUCAAAUUCCUUUGUCACUAAUAACUAUAUAGCUACUAUGUACAAGGCUAUCGGAACCUUUUUGUUUGGUGCUGCUGCUAGUCAGUCCCUGACUGACAUUGCCAAGUAUUCUGUAGGCAGACUGCGGCCUCACUUCUUGGCUGUUUGUGACCCAGACUGGUCAAAAAUCAACUGCAGUGAUGGUUAUAUUGAAAACUUCAUAUGUCAAGGGAGUGCACAGAAAAUCAGAGAAGGCAGGUUGUCCUUCUACUCAGGCCACUCUUCGUUCUCCAUGUACUGCAUGCUAUUUUUAGCACUUUAUCUUCAAGCUAGGAUGAAAGGAGAUUGGGCAAGACUCCUACGUCCCACGCUGCAGUUUGGUCUUGUCGCUCUAUCCAUUUAUGUGGGCCUUUCUCGAAUUUCUGAUUAUAAACACCACUGGAGUGAUGUGUUGACUGGACUCAUUCAAGGAGCUGUGGUUGCAAUAUUAGUGGCUGUGUAUGUAUCAGAUUUCUUCAAGGAAAAAAAUACUUAUAAACAAAAAAAAGAGGAUGACUCUCAUACAACUCUGCAUGAAACAGCAACUACAGCACAUGAUUAUUCGAGCAAUCACCAGCCUUGAAGGGUGGCAGAUGAAGCUGGCCUGCUUUCUAGAGGAUGCCAAAUGCAAACAGAGGCAGAAGGAAGUGUUUCUUCCUGGUGUACAGGCCACUAUGGGACUGCUGCUGCUGCUAUACCUCCUGGAUACCCACUUCACCCAUGUAUAUACUUACACUUAACACAAUGAGUAACAGCUCUAAGUUCAUUAAAAAAAAUUUCAAGCCUUCCACUAAAACAAUGCCCUACCUGUACAUUAUUUUUUAUUAAAAGAUGCUAUGUACA